CCCGAGUUUUAAUACUUAUUACUUUCGCAAAACCACAGUAUCGUCAAUAUGGUAAGGUGGAGAGAUGGCUUGAAGAGCUGUGGAGUUGGAUGGUGGAGUUCAAGAAUGCAAUCUGUGGAAUUGCUUUGGAGGCUGGUCCUAUCUCAACAAAGUUGCUUGCGAUAAAGUUUUUGGAAAUGAAUGUUCUACAUUUCACGUCUGACGCCAAUGAUGAUGAGACAUCCUCUAAUGAAGUGAAGGGUCAAAAUUUGAAUAUCACAUGGGUGGUUGGAGGUCAACCAAUGUUGGAUCCAGGCUUUCUCACUUUGGAAGCAAACAGGAGUCUUGGAUAUUUACUGGAUAUGUUGCGGUCAGCAAAGACACUCCCUGGUUGUGUGACAAUUACCGUUAUCAGUUGGUGAGCCCACCUUCAUCCUUUGCAUGUUUAUU